CCACGUUCCCACGGGGUGUCACCCUCUGCUCCCGGGGGAUUUGUCGCUCUCUGCCCUAGGAGUGGAGGUCGCUGCGUGUCCCUGGGCUGUCCCUGCCUGUGGCAGACACAGACCCCCUGCCUUUGAGAGGGGUGUCUCUGCUCCGGGGGUGCGGGAUCCUGCCCGCCGCUGUCCCCGCUGCCUGCGGGGAUUGCAGGUUUCUGCCUCUGCCCAGAGCUCUCUCCCUGCCCGGCGGUGCUCCCACCCUAACCCAGGAGCUGGAGGGCUCUCAUGUCCCACCUCCCUCGUGUCCUGUUCGUUCCAGCACUGCCUUCUGUCCCCGGGGUCGGGGUGUCCCUGGCCCUGGGCUUGGAGGAUCCCAAACAGCCCCGGGAGUGUCCCCGGCAGCCACAGCGGGAUCCCUGCCCCGGGUGCUCCGGGCAGAGAUCCCCACAGGGGUCGCUGCCGAUGGGGACGCUUUGCCCUUGAAGGAGGGGAUGGGGGACGUGGGCAAGGUGUUCCGGGUGGAGGUGCUGUGCAAUGGCCGGCGGCACACGGUGACCAAGCGCUACAGCGAGUUCCAGGCACUGCACAAGCAGAUCAAGAAGACCUGCAAGGUGCCCGACUUCCCCCCACGCCAUGUCCCCAACUGGAUGCCCAAAGCGCUGGAGCAGCGCCGGCAGGGCCUGGAGGUUUACCUGCAGGGUGUGCUGUACCACAAUGAGGAGCUGCCCCAGGACAUCCUGGACUUCCUGAAGGUGCGGCGGUGCCAGCAGAGCCCCAAGGCCAGCAGCCCCCCCAGCACCAGACUCCUGCCCUCCCAGCGCCCCAUUGUUGGCUUCUGCUCGGAUCCCUACGUGCGGCCACACGGCCCAGAGCUGCUCCCCAACACGGUCCUCAGCGGGGUCCUGCAGGGCCUCUACCUCCCCCUGAGCUGUGUCCCCGGCCAGGCAGCAACCCCAGCCUCUGGAAUGAUGAGUUCCACCCAGCACCCAGGGAUGCAGUGAUGAGAGAAAGGAUCCUUGUGGUGAAACUCACUCCUCCCUGCUGGGAGAAGCCGAAGGGAUGUUGGGAACUGCUCUCCCACCACCAUGCAAAGUGCCUUUGUUGGCAGAAGAGGAGCUCUGCCUUCCCCCUACUGUUCUGGGCUUGCAGAAUGAACCUUUGGAUGCUGAAUGGUGCUGGAAAACCUCUCUGCAUCCAGGCUUUGGUGCAAUAAAUCUCCUGGAUUUGACUGA